AGGUGGUGGAAAGGGGCGGGCCUCCGGGAGCUUAGGAAGGGCGGGGACCCGGAUGUGUGUGGUGGCGGCGGCCGAAGAGCUAGUGAGCGGAGCUGAGAGGCCUAUGGAUGAGGAGGACGCGGCGGCCCCGGUUUGUUCUCAUGAACAAGAUGGAUGACCUCAACCUGCACUACCGGUUUCUGAAUUGGCGCCGGCGGAUCCGGGAGAUUCGAGAGGUCCGGGCUUUCCGAUAUCAGGAGAGGUUCAAGCACAUUCUUGUAGAUGGAGACACUUUGAGUUACCAUGGGAACUCGGGCGAAGUUGGCUGCUACGUGGCUUCUCGACCCCUGACGAAGGACAGCAAUUAUUUUGAGGUGUCUAUUGUGGACAGCGGGGUCCGGGGCACCAUUGCCGUGGGACUGGUCCCUCAGUACUACAGCCUGGAUCACCAGCCUGGCUGGUUGCCUGACUCUGUAGCCUACCAUGCCGAUGAUGGCAAGCUGUAUAAUGGCCGAGCCAAGGGCCGCCAGUUUGGGUCAAAGUGCAACUCCGGGGACCGGAUUGGCUGUGGCAUUGAGCCAGUGUCCUUUGAUGUGCAGACUGCCCAGAUCUUCUUCACCAAGAAUGGGAAGCGGGUGGGCUCCACCAUCAUGCCCAUGUCCCCGGACGGGCUGUUCCCAGCUGUGGGCAUGCACUCCCUGGGAGAGGAGGUGCGGCUGCACCUCAAUGCCGAGCUGGGCCGGGAGGACGACAGCAUCAUGAUGGUGGACAGCUACGAGGACGAGUGGGGCCGCCUGCACGAUGUCAGAGUCUGCGGGACCCUGCUGGAGUACCUGGGCAAAGGCAAGAGCAUCGUGGACGUGGGGCUGGCCCAGGCCCGGCACCCGCUGAGCACUCGGAGCCACUACUUCGAGGUGGAGAUCGUGGACCCGGGAGAGAAAUGCUACAUCGCCUUGGGGCUGGCCCGGAAGGAUUAUCCCAAGAACAGGCACCCCGGCUGGAGCAGAGGGUCCGUGGCUUAUCAUGCAGAUGACGGGAAGAUCUUCCAUGGCAGUGGCGUGGGGGACCCCUUUGGGCCGCGCUGUUACAAAGGGGACAUUAUGGGCUGUGGCAUCAUGUUCCCCCGGGACUACAUUCUGGACAGUGAGGGUGAGUGGGGGGUGGGGGGUGGCCAACCAGGCUGGUCGGGCAGAGGGCGGGGGCAGUACCCCAGGAGCUCAGGGUCUCCUGGUCUCCUAGGUGACAGUGAUGACAGUUGUGACACAGUGAUCCUGUCCCCAACUGCCCGAGCUGUCCGGAAUGUCCGGAACGUCAUGUACCUGCACCAGGAAGGGGAAGAGGAAGAGGAGGAAGAGGAAGAGGAAGAUGAUGGGGAAGAGAUAGAGCAGGAGCACGAGGGCAAGAAGGUGGUGGUUUUCUUCACUCGGAACGGCAAGAUCAUUGGGAAGAAGGAUGCUGUUGUCCCUUCUGGGGGCUUCUUCCCCACCAUUGGGAUGCUGAGCUGUGGAGAGAAGGUCAAAGUGGACCUGCACCCCCUGAGCGGCUAGGGCCUCCUUCCCGGGCCGUCCCCCCUCCCUCCCCUCUCCCUUUGCAGAACCAGGUCCCCGGUUCCUGACUCCCUGAGGAUCUGCUUACCCAGCAGGCCCAGGGGGUACGCAGUCCCUCUGCUCUGUGUCAGGCCCCUGCCAGGCUCCCCCGUGCCCGUGUUUCUGACCAGGUGCUGCCCUGGCAUCAGUCCCCGGGUGAGAGUCCCUGGUUAGACAGGAACAGGCCCAAAGAAUGGUGGUGCUCUGUGGGUGGGUGCCCCGGGCUUUGGCCAGUGGGCCCCCCCAUCCCCCUCCUGCACUGGCCUGCGUGAGUCGGGGGAGUGAGCGCCUGUCUCAGCUGCUAUUGGGCACGAGGCUUGACAGAGGGUGGAGCAGGACAGCUCCUCCCGGUACCACAGUAUUUCUCCUCGCACCUUCUUUCCCAUCCCUGUCCUCGUCCUGUGAACCAGUUGCUGCUGUCAUCCCCCUGGCGGGGCUGGUGGGGGGGUGGGGGCCUGGCUCCUUCCAGUGACUGCUGUCCCGAGACGACUACUCAAGGGGUCUCUGUUCCUUCCUCCAAAAGCCACCUCCCUGCUCACUGCCAGCCCAGGCACCUCAGUCCCCCUGGGAACCCGUGUCUCCCCCAAGCUGUGCGUACAUAGGUGGUGCCCGUGCCGUGUCCGAUGGGGUGAGAGAGGGGCUGUCAGGUGGGGUCCUGGGCCUUUGCUCCUGUUUCCCCCUUGUCCUCCUCAGCCCACCCAUGGCACCCUUGUUUCUAGUUCCUGGGGGUGCAGGCUGAGACCCCAGAGCCUGUCCCUCCCACAUGGUGCGGACAAGACCCCAGAGCCCUCAAGGGAGCCCAAGGCCACAGCCCUGCGCUCCCCGUCCCGCUUGCUGCCUCUGCCACUUGCCUGUUUUGCUUCAGUGUUUUGAUUCUAGCACUUACAUGUGUCCUCUGCCACCAAGCCCUCCUGUCUCCUACCCCCUUGAGCCCUGGCCCCAGCCCAUACAGUGACUUCUGGGAGGGAGAGGGAGCAGGAGCAGUUGGCCUUGGGUUUGCACAGAGUGGGCAGGGCUUUGGAGGAAAGGCUGAGCUGCUGUGCUGCUGGGGCCUCCCCUUUGGCCCCCCCUUCAGGCCCUGCACUAUGAUGUAUGAAAUGUAUGUACAGACCAGAGAUGUUUAUACCGCCAAUAAAGAUGGAGUUUCCAUAUUUACCAGUACA